UCUUAUCCCAGCAAAAGCACCCUCCAAUCUGAGACAAAAUCAUGACCAACCACACAACCGUGACUGAAUUUGUUCUCCUGGGAUUCAGGGAUCAUCCAGAGCUACAGCGCUUUCUUUUUGUGCUGUUCCUACUUACCUAUACGACCACUGUGAUUGGAAAUCUUGGCAUGAUCCUGUUAAUCAAAAUUGACUCCCGUUUCCACAGUCCCAUGUACUUCUUUCUCAGUAACUUGUCCCUUGCUGAUUUCUGCUACGCUUCUGUCAUUGCCCCCAAUAUGCUGCUGAACUUCUGGGUGAAGAACCCAGUCAUUUCAUUUAAUGGAUGUGCCACCCAAUUCUUCUUUUUUGGUUCCUUUGCUGGCAUUGAGGGCUUCCUGUUGGCUGUGAUGGCCUAUGACUGUUAUGUGGCCAUCUGCAAGCCUCUCCUCUACACAGUCACCAUGUCCCCCCAUCUCAGCAUCCUCUUGGUGUUAUUUACAUAUCUUGCAGGCUUUAUAAAUGCUGCCAUUCACACUGGCUUCACCUUCCAGCUAUCUUUCUGUUGCGCAAAUAUCAUCAACCACUUUUUCUGUGACACCCCACCGCUCCUUAAACUCUCUUGUUCUGACACACACAUCAAUGAGGUUGUCAUUUUUGCUUUUGCCAGUUUUAAUGAACUGAGCUGCCUCCUGACUAUUCUCAUUUCUUAUCUUUACAUCCUGGUGGCCAUCUUGAGGAUCCAGUCUGCUGAGGGAAGGUGCAAAGCCUUCUCCACCUGUGCUUCCCAUUUGAUGGCAGUCACCAUCUUCUUUGGGACAAUCCUCUUCAUGUAUCUGCGCCCCAGUCCCAGCUACUCAAUGGACCAAGACAAAGUGGUAUCUGUGUUUUAUACACUUAUCAUCCCUGUGUUAAAUCCUCUCAUCUAUAGUCUGAGAAACAAAGAGGUCAAAUCUUCCUUAGGGAAAAUUUUUUAA